ACACGGAUUAACGGCAGCUUUAGCGCUUAUUGCCAUCAUAUGACAGUGUUUCCACUCGUUCAUUCAAGUCUUUCCCACCGGAGGACGGUUGUUUGGCCCACUUUGGAGCGGGCUACCACACCGGGAGGGGGGAAGCCUCGUAAUCGGUUGUUUCCCCGCUGGAGCGGACGGAGCCGCGGUUGUGGCCGGGCAGCCCCGCCGGACUGUCGGACGGAGCUUCCACACGGAAUAUAUUCAGCAACAAUUAAAGCGGCUGUUUUUACUCCAGCAGGGUGGGAAUGCGCAUUUGAACGGCGUCUUUUUUCCCAGCUAUGCGACGGAGCUUACCGACGAGAAGUUUGAUUGGAGAGCGGAGUGCGCUCGAUUUCCAGUCCGAUGGAUGUUAGCCCUGCCCGGCUGAGGCUCGGCUCCGUGCGCCGCUCUCCCGAACACAGCCCCGGCACAGGUGAACGCGUCUGUUCAUAACAAUGCUGCAGAGCUGGCAGGUACAUGACAGCCCCGGCUUCACUGCUAACAAGUCCCCCGGUCUGUAAACCUGGAAAUACCAGCAACCAUCCCCUCCUGCUCUUCAUCCUCCUCUUCCUCCCGUCUUUUUUUGGACUAGUCAGGCUUGCAUUACCUGGGAUAUUUUGGAUUUCGACAUGUUAAAGAUGCCCUUUUUCCAGAGACAGUGCUCCUUGGAGCUGCAAGACAUUUAAUUUGACUGGUUGUUGUGCUUUUCCUUUCUUUCUUUUUUUUUUUUUUCCUUUUUUUUUAUUUCUAUAUUUUUUUGUAAUUCUCUUUUAUAAUCAGAGGAUCAGAUUCGGAUGGAAAAUGGGAGACGCCACCAAACUGGCCUUCGCCGUUUUCCUCAUCUCCUGCUCUUCAGGUGCCAUCCUGGGACGCUCCGAGACGCAGGAGUGCGUUUAUUACAACUCCAGCUGGGAGAAGGAGCGGACGAACCGCAGCGGCAUCGAGCCGUGCUACGGCGAGAAAGACAAGCGGCGGCACUGCUUCGCCACGUGGAAGAACGUCUCCGGCACCGUGGAGAUCGUGAAGCAGGGCUGCUGGCUGGACGACGUCAACUGCUACGACAGUAACGAGUGCGUGGAGAGGAAGGAGAGUCCCGAUGUGUUCUUCUGCUGCUGCGAAGGCAACAUGUGCAACGAGAGGUUCCUGUACGCCCCUGAAGCGCCCCCGCAGAGCGACCCGCACCAUUCAACCGCCUACACCACCUCCAACCCGUUCUCCCAGAAGCCCCAGCUCUUCAGCACUCUGCUCUACUCGCUGGUUCCCAUCAUCGGCCUGGCCGCCGUCGUCCUCUUCUCCUUCUGGAUGUGGAGGCACCACAAGCUGGCCUACCCGGCCGCCCUCGUCCCCACACAUGAUCCCGGACCCUCACCCCCGUCCCCCGUUCUGGGGCACAAACCGCUGCAGCUGAUCGAGGUCAAAGCCAGGGGGCGCUUCGGCUGCGUUUGGAAAGCUCAGCUGCUCAACGACUACGUGGCCGUCAAGAUCUUCCCCAUUCAGGACAAGCUGUCUUGGCAGAACGAGUACGAGAUCUACAGCGUGAGCGGCAUGAAGCACGACAACAUCCUCCACUUUAUCGGCGUGGAGAAGAGGAACAACAACCUGGACCUGGACCUGUGGCUCAUCACCGCCUACCACGACAAGGGCUCUCUGACGGACUACCUGAAGGCCAACGUUGUUUCCUGGAACGAGCUGUGCCACAUCGCCCAGACGGCGGCCCGCGGCCUCGCCUACCUCCACGAAGACAUCCCCGGACACAAGGACGGCCACAAGCCCUCCAUCGCUCACAGGGACAUUAAGAGCAAGAAUGUGCUGUUGAAGAAUAACCUGACGGCCUGCGUAGCUGACUUCGGGCUUGCACUGAAGUUUGAGGCUGGAAAAUCCGCAGGAGACACACAUGGACAGGUGGGAACGCGGCGCUACAUGGCUCCUGAAGUCCUGGAGGGCGCCAUCAACUUCCAGCGCGACUCCUUCCUGCGUAUCGACAUGUACGCCUUCGGCCUCGUCCUUUGGGAGCUGGCGUCGCGGUGCACCGCCGCCGAUGGCCCGGUGGACGAGUACAUGCUGCCCUUCGAGGAGGAGGUGGGUCAGCAUCCGUCUCUGGAGGACAUGCAGGAGGUGGUGGUGCAUAAGAAGCUGCGACCAUGUCUGAGGGACUGCUGGCAGAAGCACACGGGUCUGGCCAUGCUCUGCGAGACCAUCGAGGACUGCUGGGACCACGAGGCCGAGGCUCGCCUGUCCGCCGGCUGCGUCGAGGAGCGCAUCGGCCAGAUGCAGCGCCAGGCGCCCGUCAUCGGCCCCGAGGAGAUCGUCACCGUCGUCACCAUGGUGACGAACGUGGACCUCCCGCCCAAGGAGUCCAGCUUAUGAUCAGCCAAUCAGCCGACGCCGGAUGCGGAAACACGGAUCAACACGAGGGGAUACACAGCCGACCCUGGUUGGUUGGCUUAGUGGGUUUUUUUUUUUAGUUUUGUUUUGUUUUUUCUUUUUCUUCGUUUGCGUCUUUUUUUUUCUUUCCUCUUCUUAUUUUUUUCUUUUAAGUGCGGGCCGCUACUCGCGUUCAGGAAACACCCUGCGCCCACCUCACCACAUCAGUUGAUAUCCACCUCAUUUUUGAUAUGUGUGCCUGAGGAAUUUUAACAUUUUAUCGGUCGAGACGAUUCAGGAUAUUGACCACGACAAACGACGUCACCGCGCCGUGACCGUGCUGGGACGACGAACACUUUUAUCAUGUAUUGUUUUUAUAUACAUACACACACAUAGGAGGGCGACCUGUUCUGCUCGGUUUUCUACGGAGAGAGAAGAUCUUGCGGAGAAAUUUCACAGAACUCUCAGUGCAUUUUAGUGUAAAAAAAAAAACCAGAAAGAAAAAAAGACGAGCACCUGGCUCUCGAUACAUUUGCUGUUUUCUUGUGUGCGUUUUUUUGAAGAAACGACUAUCGUUCUGCCAAUAAGCAACGGCUUCUGAAUGUUUAUAGUGUAAUGCUGCUGUACAUAGUGUAUUAUGGACCCAGACAACUUGGUAAUCAAGCUUAUUUUAAAGGGGGGACGGGGGAGGGGGGUCCAUUUUCAAGCAUUACGACGAUAAAAAACCAUAAACCUCCUUCAACCAGGUAUACCUCAGUUCAAAUGGACACAGUUUAAAUUAGUCCCUCUCCCUGUUCACGGUCAUAGCUCACACUUUCCACAACCUUGGCUCUCCAUGACCUCCAAACACUCUGCUGUCAGCCAUGACGCUCAUGGGUAAUGUAGUCAGCAAAGCCUCGAUAUUCAUGGCCAUACACACUGUAAACACAAGUUUCUCCCUGUUUCCUCCCCUUCUCUCAAGUCUCUAGUUUUGCUCCACUUUGAUUUUUUUUUUUUUCUCCUUUCGUUAGUUUUGUUUUUUUUGGAGAUUUUCUGAUAAUGGGAUAAAAAACAUAGCCCCAUGAUGAAGUUGUCGUUUAAAGUGAUUUUAUUUUCCGUUUUGGUUUGCCGUGUCAACUGUCAACGGAGUAAAUAUCUAUCGCUGACAAGCUUAAUUUUGGUCAUGAGAUCUGGAUAUAUGGAUUUAUAUCUCUGGAUUAGCGCUGGGUACCAACCAAUGAUACCUUUUAUUAUUUGGUAUUAGAACCAAGAUGCCAAACUCUUGGAGCAUCUUGUUCUUCUCAUUUUGUGAAAUUUGUUGUCUGAUUCUAUUUAGAAAAAGCACCUGGUCUGUUUAUUUUAAGAUUUGAAGUGCGGUUUCCCAGCUGUACCCAGCCCUACUUUGGAAUUUGUAUUUAGCUGAGCCAGCUUGCUUUUGAUUUGAUUGCACACAUCGUUUUUUGGAUUACUAUCAAGAGUUUCUGCUCUCUUUUGAUACACCUCAGGAAUCUUUGCUACUCACCACCCCCUUGCAUCCUUCACCUCCUCCUCAUCCUCACCUGUCUCGAAACUGGAGUACCUCCUCUCUUGCUGAUUCUUACGCUUUAUCUGUCUCUGUCUCGCCUCGUCUCGACUUGCAGAGGUUUAGCCGUGCUGUUGUGAAGCUUAAAUUGUAAGAUCUGUUCAGUCUCUAGAUUCUGACUGAACCUUGCCCAUCUUUAUACACAGGUGUUUAGGUAGAGCUAAAUCUAAAGAACCAGAGGGGACCGUGGGUGUACGGUGGCAUCCUCCUACCCUGCUGCUAUUUGUGCUUCCCCUUGACUACUGGAAACAACAGAUAAAGUAGAGGUAGGCUUCACUUCUAGGAUGCAGAUGAUCAGCUUUCGUCUUCUCUAUCAGUAAAAGUCUCCCCAGGUACAAAACUCAACACUAGUUUGCAGGGGCACCACUGCUGCAUCCUGGGCUAAGCGCCACAUAAGCACCAUUCUCUAGUGCUGAUACAGUUUCAUAUUCUCUGAACACAUUUUGGUGGGUGUUUAACUCCACCAAGGUCGCCCCUCGUCUCAGACGUUGCUUGUGAUGUUCAUGAACGGGAUGCUAGAGUCCCCUUUUUGGGUGGAAACUUGUUUAUAUGGGGUAGUGGUGACUCAGCAUUUUACACUUACUUACUGAUCAAAGGGUUGGAGGUUGAAGCCCCAGCACCGUCAAGCUGCCACUGCUAGACCCUUGAGUAAGGCCCUUAAACCUAUCUGCUCAGGGGUCUAGCUUCCUAACAGACUGGGAUAUGCAAAAAAGACAAUUUCUCCUUACCAGAUCAAUAAAUAGCCCUGAUCGAUGUGGUGCUUGCUCAUCAAAGUGCCCCAGUGUCUGAUGUAAUUCUGUUGGCCUCAUCAAGCCAUCACCCUCAGUGCAUACUUAGGUAGUUUGCAGCCAAUAUCUUGUUCAUGAAAGAUGGGAGAAUGGAACAGGUGUUGGACCGACGGAUUGGUACAGCAUCGACAAUAACGUAGAUGUUGUACCAGAAUGUCAAAGUGAAGAGGGAGCUGAGCCGAAAGGCAAAGUUCUCGAUUUACCAGUUCCAACCUAUAGUCACGGGUUGUGGGUAGUAACUGAAAGAAUGAGAUCAUGGAUAUAAGUGGCCACGGUUAAGUUUCUCUGUAGGCCUUAGAAAUUGGGUGAGGGGCUUGUAGGGAUCAGGUGAAGUGGUUUGGGUAUCCAAUGAGAUUGCCUUCCUUUGGAGGUCUUUCCAGAAAGGAUAUUGGUAGAAAACCAAAGGGUAAGACCCAGAAUUCUUAGGAGGGACUACGUAGGACUUCUGCCACCAUGGCCCACUAAGAUGGGUGGAUGGUACAUGAGGCUAACGGGUACUCCUUUGUCCUUGUAGAUCCAUAGAUCCAGUUUUUGAGUUCACCAUCUCUGGAAUCAAGCCAAAAAGUCUCCAACUCCGACUCUGAUCAGCAAGUUAACCAAUCUUUUUGUCUCUUGUUGAUGCUUUCUUGUAAGCUCAGCAGGUUGUUGGCGAACUUCUGGGGUCAUUUUUGAAUAAUUGAUCAGACCUUUGUAGCCCCGGACAACACGCUGGAUAACAUAUCUUAGGUUUUUCCUGAGUGUUAGACCCAUCCUGCUCUAGGUCAACAAUUUUCACUAAAAAAAUAAGUGUUGAAAGCCAAACUGCCACUUUUAUGCCCCUCAUGCAGACUAACAUUAAUGGUAACCAAGCAAUCGCACGGCUAACCACGGUUCAGCAAGUCGACGCAAGGAAUCUCUCUUUCUCUCUUUCAUCCUGGUGCCAUUUCUACGUCUCCACAUUAGUUACUCUUGUAGAUGUCAGGCAAAACGGAUGUAUCUGUCGUUGUUGUUUAGGCAACAGCGACAUUUUUGAGUCUUUAUUUCCUCCGAGGGACAUUGAACACUGGUGCCGGCAGACCUGCAGUCUCUCCUCAAGCUUUGGGAUGGUUUCGUGGGGUGCAGUUUAAAAUCAAGCGCCGGUGCAUACGUGGAAAAUGUGAAGAAACUUCUUUCUACCAAACCAGUUCACAUUCAGGACAGUAGUAUUUUGAGUACUGUAAAGCUCAAGGAAAUAAGAGCCAGAAUUCACAAGUAAAACACUAAAAAAGUAUAUAACUUAUUAGUAAUCUCUUGCACAAAAUUUGGAUCGGGGAGUCGAAGCUUCCGUUAUUUAUGAGCACUUUCAUGAACCCCAGUUUAGUAUCAAUAGAGUUUUUGCCAUUUUCUCAAAUGUGUACUGAGUAGGGCCAAACUGGUUGAAUGUUAAGCUAUUCUGACUGACUUAAGGACACUUUUAAAAACACAAUAAUAAUAAUGGGACCUAAACAGUAAAGGAUCUUGAGAGUUAAGAUUUGCUGAAUAAAGACAGGAGAAGUCCAACAAGUUUGAGAUAUCACUUCAGCGCACUAUAUUGCAACAACACAGCAAACCUGAAGGAAGUUGAAGCCAUCAUCUUGUUAUUUACUUACUGUAGCACGAGUACAACAUUCGCAUUGCUUCCUAAUGCUGCUCUGCUGUCUUUUAAUUAACUGUUGCUCGAACGCAGCCGCCGUCUACGAGUCCUCGUGAACAGUCAGGGACGAUCAGUACUGCAAACCCCAGCAGCCCUUCAAUAAGUACUACCUCACUCGCAGGGAUUUCUUUGGGGUAGAAAGUGUGGCAAAUAAACCAAAACCAUAACCAGGUUUCCUACAGUAGAAAAGGGAUUCAAAUUCUUGAGUUAGCUUCACUUGUUCCCCAUACGGCUAAAAAGAAGUUUCCUCAUUGUUACCACGAUGCGUUCCCUGGUCUCAUGAAGGGUUUUCAUCACGACUGAACAACAGCGGAAGGAUAUUUCGACACAAACACCAAAAAAAAA